GUUUACAAUGGAGAAAAGAAUGAAAAUGGAGAGAAACAUGGUCGUGGUAUUUUAAUGUUACCAAAUGGUUCAGUAUUUGAAGGUGAAUUUAGAAAUAACAGUUAUGCAAAUGGUAAAUUGGUUUAUGUUACAGGUGAACAAUACGAAGGAAAGUUUAUUGAUGAUUUGCCAGAUGAUGAUAAUGGUGUUUUCCGUUUUGCAAACAUGUCAGUUUACACUGGUCAAGUAAAGAAAGGCCAAUUGACUGGAGUUGGUGAAUUGAAAUACAAAGAUGGUGGUAUUUACAAAGGAUCAUUUGUAAAUGGAAAGAGAGAAGGAAAAGGAAGUUUUGAAUUUUAUGAAGGAAAUCAAAAAGUUAGACAUUACGAUGGUGAUUGGGAAAAUGAUUCAAUGAGUGGUCAAGGUACCCUAAUUAACACAACUAUUCAACAAGUUUAUACUGGUCAAUUUAAGAAUAAUGUUUAUCACGGACAAGGUAUUUUCAAUUUCCAAACCAGAUCAUUAGAAUUUGAAGGUGAUAUGAUUGACUCUAGAAAGAAUGGUUUCGGUAAAUUAGUUUAUUCAGAUGGAUCAUAUUAUGAAGGUCAAUUUAAUAAUGAUGAAAUGACUGGUACAGGUUCAUUUGUUGAUUCUGAUAGAGUUUACAAUGGUCAAUUCGUUAAAAGUUUAUUCCAUGGUAAAGGAAAGUUAAAGGCAACUUUCAAAUCUAAGGAUUAUGUUUUUGAAGGAGAAUUUAGAGAACACCAACCAUAUAAUGGUGUUGGUUCAGUUGUUGUGAGUAGAAAAACUGGAGAUUAUUGGGAUGGUGAAUUUAAGAAUGGAAAGUUUAGUGGAAAGGGUCGUCUCACAUUUGAAGAUGCUUCUGUUUAUGAAGGUAAUGUUAAAAAUUCACUUUGUGAAGGAAAGGGUGUUGUCACCUAUCCAGAUGGAUCAAUUUAUUCUGGAUCAUUCUCAAAUGAUGAAAGACAUGGUCCUGGAACACUCACUAUUAAGGAUGGAGAUGAGAAGGAUUUCAUGAUUGUCUCAAUUAAUCAAGUUUGGGAUCAUGGUGUUUUAGUUUCACAAGAAGAA